AUGAAGCUCCUAUUGCUGCUCAUCGCUUCAGUGUCGUGUGUGUCGGCCAUACGACGGCCAAUAUGUCACUUUCUGCUCAGAGAUUACACAAACACGUUCGUGGAGGUGAUGAGAAAGUGUCCUGCGGGUAAGGCGGUUUUUAUAUUGUUUUAGUUGAUAUUGAUCCUUAGAAGAUGGUUUUUGCCUGGUUCUUUUUUUUAUUGGGUAUAAAUGAAUUAAUUUUGAAUAUAAGGUCAUUUUUUGAUAUUUUAAUGUUGAGUAGAACAUAGUUUUGCUAACAAAAUGCCAUUUUUCCUUGUUAUUUUGUAAACUGAACCUCUUCAGGGACGUCGUACUGCGCAGCACGAGUGUCAAAUGCUACUGGACUGAGCUCAUUAGUUGUUGAUCAUUAUGAAUAUUACUGUGAAAAUGAACGAAAUGUAAGGAUCUAAUUUCAUCAAUUUAAUACCUAAACCUUCAGAUAACAUUGAACCUGCAAGUCCCAGAAGCGCCAAACCAAGGAUGUUAUCCCUUUGGUCCUUCUGGAACCGAGUUUGUUUGCUUCUGUCACGAAGACUUCUGUAACAACAAGGAGAACAUGGAAGAAGUCUUCUUAUCCUUCAGAAAGUUUGUUCAUCUAGCUCCAGCUGUGCCUCACCAAGUCGCCGCUCCACCGCUUCAGCUACCUCAACAUGCUCACAUCCCUCUACAUCGACCUCACCCAAACACUGUACUAGAAGUUCAGCCUAACAUUGAGAGACGACCAAUAGUACCAAACGUGCCUGAUGUUGUACCAAUGAGACCGCAAGGAGCGAGGAACAAUGUUUUGAAUACUGUUCAACGACAAGGUCCACUUACUACAACACAAAAUAGUGUUGGUGCUACUGUUGGCUCAUUUAAUACUGCCCAUGGUGCUAUUGGCACACCUAAUGCUGUUCAUAGUACUGUUAGUUAUUCUGGUACCCAAAAAGGACUGAUUAGCAAUGAGGAUGCUCAGAACACUCAAAUAGUCACUCCAGAUGCUCAAACAGUACCAAACACAGCAUCCAAGAAGAGAAAUCUUGUUGAUAUAGAUGCUGUUUCUACAGAAGCUACUACUGAUGCUACAAAAGCUGCUACCGACUCUACUGAAGCCUUGACUACUCGUACUACAACUCAAAGUGCAACUCCAUUGGCUAGCGACAAUAUUAUUGGACUAGAAAAUGGUAUCCUAGCUAGACCAAGAAAAUUAGCAGGUAAUGAUGCCAGAGCAGUCAGUCCAUUACCCCGCCCACGCCAAGAUGGUACGGUAAUUCAUCGUCGUAUCAUCAGGGAGGCCAACAAGAACCUUCGGCCGUUCGAAACCAAGGUAAAGACUCAACAAAUCUUCCUGAUCAAUGACGAUUCACCCAAGAUCAAGCACGGAUAA